AUGGCAAGAUUCUCUACGUCAGACCCAAGAUGGACUUGGCCAACACAGGUCGGUGACAACCUUGGACAAGCCGCUCCGUGCUGUCCCGCGCUCAUCUGCGCUGCAGGCAACUACCGAGAAACCCGUUGGUUCACGCCGUGGAUGAACAGGGCCGGGUGGGAGGAGUAUCAUCUGCCUCGUAUGCUGCAAAAGCUGCAGGGCGCCACCCACGUACCCUUUGGAGACGUGGUGCUCUCCACGCCAGACUCGACGUACGGAAGUGAGUAUUGCGAAGAGCUGUGGGCCCCCGAGUCUGGCUCCGUGUUGCAGAGUCUCGACGGCGUCGAGAUCUUCUCCAAUGGCUCGAGCAGUCACUACGAGUUGCAGAAGCUCGGCGAUCGGGUGCAGCUCAUCGCCGCCCAGUCCAAAAAGGUUGGGGGGUUGUACCUGUACAGUAACCAGCAAGGCUGCGACGGCGAGCGAGUGUACUACGACGGCUGCUCCAUGAUAUUUUUAAACGGGGAGCUCCUGGCCGCGACGCCCCAGUUCACCCUGCAAGACGUGUCUGUUGCAGUCGCAACUGUUGACCUGGAAGACAUUCGCGCCCACCGGCAGGUCUCGUCGCGCAAUUUUCAGGCAGCCAGGAAGACCCUACAGUACUACCGCAUUCAGACCCCCUUCGAGUUGAGCCCCGACCAGGACGACGCCCACCUCUCUCGUCGCCCAACAUUGCCGAGGGAACCCAAAUAUCACCACAUUGCCGAGGAACUGGCCCUCGCGGCCGGAUGCUGGCUCUGGGACUACCUUGCUAGGUCCGGCAGCAGCGGGUACUUGAUCCCGCUGUCCGGAGGCUUGGAUUCCUGCUCCACGGCCGUCCUCGUCUACGCCAUGGCUAGACUUGCCAUCAGCGCCAUGGAUGCUGGCAACAAGACCGUCACCGACACUCUCAGGCGCAUCUUUGGUGAUCAUCCCCUCCCCAAGACGGCCCAGGAGCUGUGCCAUAGAGUCCUGCACACCGUCUACAUGGGAGCGCGGGUGAGCUCCGGAGAAACGCGCCAGCGUGCCCGAGACAUAGCUUCCAGCCUCGGGAGCUAUCACAUGGAAAUGAGCAUCGAUUCGGUUUACGACGCUAUGAAGACUACGGUGACUGAGAGUCUGGACAUCCACCCCAACUUCAGGAUGGAAGGUGGGAGUGACGAAGAGGGAAAGAGUUUGCAGAAUAUCCAGGCACGCAUUCGAAUGGUGACGGCAUACACAUGGGCGCAGCUUCUACCUCUCAAACGCCAGCUGCGAGGCGGCUUGUUGGUCCUUGGAUCAAGUAACGUGGGAGAGUCACUCCGCGGGUAUUUUACCAAAUGGGAUAACAGCGCGGCAGACAUUUCGCCAAUCGGCUCCGUCGAUAAGCAAGAUCUUGUUCGUCUGCUUGAGUGGGCCAAGGGAGAGUUCUCACUCCCAGCGCUCGAUGAGACGCUCAAGGCAACGCCGACGGCUGAGCUAGAACCGGUCACGGAAGAAUACUGCCAGAGCGACGAGGUGGACAUGGGAAUGAGUUACGCCGAGCUUACAUUAUUCGGGCGCCUUCGCAAGGAGAAGAAGAUGGGCCCGUAUUCCAUGUUCACGCAUCUGGUCCGUUUGUGGGGUAGACACCGGGACGAGGUUGACGAUGCUCCGCGUCUGGAGCCUGCCGAAAUUGCGGCCAAGGUCAAGGCCUUUCAUCAUUUUGUGUCAACCUGUGCGGACCGCAUUUCGCUAACUUGCACCAAGGCUACUCGUGCGACUCGAACCGGUUUGAUCUACGUCCGUUUCUUUGUGAGCUCUCCCCUCCUCGCCGCUGGCGCUACGCUCUGCGAGCCCAUUCCACUGACUGGAUGUCUUAGAUCCGCCAUUCUGGAAGAGUUGGAGUUUUAA